AUGAUACUUGCUCUUAAUGAGGUUGAUCUUGAGCCAUUGGUUGAUCAAACCUUUGCUAUCAUUCUCAAAUACUGGGAGUUCUUAACGGAAAAGUCCAAAAAGAAAGAAAUCGAGCUUGUGGAUUACAUUCUCAGGGACAAUGACGAUAUCCUUAUUGCUGUUUUUGAGACCUUACCAUCUCUGGAAUCAAUACCUGAACUGUCUGAGCAAAACAAAAAAAUCGAGAACCUCAAACAAAUGAUGGAUAUAAGGAGUAAAUUCAUGGCUCUUUGCCGACGAUGUCAAAGCGAUAAUUUUGCUGUCGUCGAGCGAGCUCUUGUUGAGCUUCUGCCAAACCUCGCUAACCACGAAGAGUUCAUACACGGCUCUGUGUUUAGUGAACAACCGGACAAAAGCCUGGUUGGAAAAGUGACAAGAACCUUAUUGGAUUGCUGCGUCAAGUAUAAUCCAAGCUCCCCAACCAUAGUCUCACUAUCUGCCCAGUGCCUCGGUCUAAUAGGCUGCCUUGACCCUAAUCGCAUAGAGUCGAUCAAAGAGAAAAAGGACAUAGUUGUCUUGUCUAAUUUUGAGAGAUCCGAUGAAACCCUUGACUUCAUAAUAUUUUGUCUUCAAAAUAUUCUUGUUGAUGCAUUUUUGGCAGCGUCCAACAGUCGAACUCAAGGCUUUCUUGCGUAUGCUAUGCAGGCGCUCUUGACUACUGGUAACAUAAGCACGGCUAUUCCGCCAAGGUCACAAGAUCCCCAGUCCAGCGACUUGUAUCGACGCUGGCUAGAACUCCCUGAGCUCUCUAGAAACACGCUAACCCCAUUUCUCAACUCCAAGUACUCUGUGACAAUCGGUGCGAUCAGUACAUCAUGUCAAUAUCCCUUAUUUACUCCGACUCUAAACCACUCGGAAUGGCUUAGGACCUUUGUUCUUGACAUCCUUCAAAAAGGCAAAAGCAGAAAUAUCCAAAUACUUUUCAGUGUUUUCAGUCGGAUUAUUCGAACCCAGGAAAAAUCUAUAUCUGUGUUCUUGCUCCCUUUCGCUGCUCUUAAUGUUGCGGUUAGCGCUAUUGACGAAGAGCGUGAGCAUCUCAAGGGGGAGCUUACCAACAUCUUAGAAUGCCCACUGCCAGACCACAAGGGACCUGAGCGGGAGAAUCUGAUUUUAUUUAGCGAGGUAUGUUGGAAAUUCCGGAAGUGA